CCCCGGAGCUCCACGGCGCGGCAUGCGCCGCACAGCCUCCGCCCGCCCCUUCCCGGCGGGAAGUGCCCGGCUCGCACAGGCCCGCUCGGCGCGGAGGGGGAGCAGCGGCGGCGCUGGGAGCGCCGCGGCCAUGAACGCGGAGAACCAGGGCUGCAGCGAGCGGCUGGUGACGGCGGCCUAUGUGCGCCAGGGGGCGCAGGGCCGCCGCGCGCACGAGCUGCGCCUGCGGGCGCUGCUGGAGCAGGGGAAAUGUCCUGAAGAUGGAUGGGAUGAAAGCACCAUUGAAUUGUUUCUUCAUGAACUUGCUAUAAUGGAUAGCAAUAACUUCCUGGGCAACUGUGGCGUUGGUGAGAGGGAAGGAAGAGUGGCAUCAGGUCUUGUUGCCCGAAGGCAUUACAGGUUGAUUCAUGGAAUUGGAAGGUCAGGUGAUAUUUCUGCAGUACAGCCCAAAGCUGCAGGUUCAAGCCUUUUGAACAAGCUUACUAAUUCAGUAGUUCUGGAUGUUAUAAAACUGGCUGGUGUCCGGACAGUGACCAGUUGCUUUGUGGUUCCUAUGGCAACAGGCAUGAGUCUGACUCUGUGUUUUUUAACAUUGAGGCACAAGAGACCAAAGGCAAAGUACAUUAUCUGGCCACGUAUAGACCAAAAAUCUUGCUUUAAAUCAAUGAUAACUGCAGGUUUUGAGCCUGUGGUGAUAGAAAAUGUAUUAGAAGGUGAUGAGCUACGGACAGACCUUGAAGCUGUGGAGGCCAAAAUCAAGGCUCUUGGUGCUGAAAAUAUCCUUUGUGUGCAUUCUACAACAUCUUGCUUUGCUCCAAGGGUACCUGACAGGCUGGAGGAGCUGUCUGUAAUUUGUGCUAAUUAUGACAUUCCACAUAUUGUCAACAAUGCAUAUGGAGUUCAGUCUUCAAAAUGUAUGCAUCUCAUCCAGCAGGGUGCUCGAGUUGGCAGAAUAGAUGCUUUUGUUCAGAGCUUGGACAAAAAUUUUAUGGUUCCAGUAGGUGGUGCUAUCAUUGCUGGCUUCAACGAGUCCUUCAUUCAGGAGAUCAGCAAAAUGUAUCCAGGAAGAGCAUCUGCAUCUCCUUCUUUAGAUGUCCUCAUUACACUUCUGUCUCUGGGAACCAGCGGCUACAAAAAGUUACUGAAAGAAAGAAAGGAGAUGUUUUCGUACCUUUCAAGUGAGCUGAAGAAGCUGGCACAUAACCACAAUGAGAGACUGUUAGACACACCACAUAAUCCCAUUUCCUUAGCCAUGUCACUGAAGACUCUAGAUGAAACUAAUGAUGCUGCUGUUACCCAACUUGGAUCUAUGCUGUUCACAAGACAAGUUUCUGGAGCAAGGGUUGUUCCCUGUGGGUCUGUACAAACUGUGAAUAACUACACUUUUAAAGGCUUCAUGUCACAUACAAAUGACUAUCCUUGUGCUUACCUCAAUGCUGCCUCAGCAAUUGGAAUUAAAAAGCAAGAUGUAGAUGUAUUCUUGAAAAGACUUGACAAGUGUUUGAAGACUUUUAGAAAAGAAGCAAAGCAAGAAAACUGUAAAAAUGAAAUCAGUGAUGCUAAUGCAGCCACAGAACAACUUGAAGACUAGAAGAUACAGAUUUAGUAACACAGGAAGAUAAGGUUUUGUCUGAAGUAUGUCAGGUUUGUAUUGGGUUAGGACUAUGCAUCUGCACUGCAGAAAUUUAUUCUUGAUCUUAUGUUCUUUUUAUUGAAAACAGUAAUAAAAAUUUGGAUGGAAUUCAGCUUUAAGAAAGUAGUUGAUACUCUCUCCAAGAACAAGGGACCAGACACGAGUUUUUUGCAGUGUAUGAAAAAUGCACUUGAUAUCUGCCAAAGUAAAGCUUUAUGUUCAAAG